CCCCACACAUUCGCCUUUUCUCUCUCUACGAAACCUCAAUCGUAAUCUCGCCUCCAUCUCUCCUCUUUCCAUUUUUUGAUUCUAAUUCCUUCGCACUCCAAUGGCGGAAACGGAAGCUCCCGUCGUGCCGACGCCCGUUCCAGAAGAGACGCAGGUGGAGGAGAAAGCCGCAUCCAAGCCGGCAUCCAAGGCCAAAGCAGCACCCAAGGCGAAGAAGCCAGCUGCAGCUAAGAAGCCCAAGGCUGCUCGCAGCUAUCCUUCUUUCGAAGAGAUGAUUACUGAAGCGAUUAAGACGUUGAAGGAGAGGACUGGAUCGAGCCAGAUCGCCAUCGCCAAGUGCAUCGAGGACAAGCACAAGAACCUGCCGUCGAAUUUCAGGAAGCUGCUUCUGAUUCAGUCCAAGAGACUCGUCGCAUCCGGCAAGCUCGUCAAAGUGAAGGCCUCGUUCAAGCUGCCGUCUCGGUCUUCCUCCACCGCCGCCGCCGCCGCGCCGGUUGCUGUUAAGAAGCCUGCUGCGAAAUCCAAAGCAGCAGCCAAGCCGAAGGCUGCUACGACCAAGGCGGUGGCAAAGCCCAAGGCCAAAGCGGCUACUGCUGCUAAGCCGAAGCCGAAGUCGAAAGCCAAAGCCGCCGCGUCAAAGGCGAAAACAACAACCGCUUCGGCUAAGUCAACGACCAAGGCGCCAGCGAAGAAGAAGGCUCCAGCUGCCAAAACCGAGACCAAGCCUGCAAAGGCAGCAGCUAAACCGGCAGCCGCCAAGGCCAAGCCAAAGCCUAAAGCCGCUGCUUCCAAAGCUAAAUCUGCAGCAGCAGGUAAGCCAGCUGCCAAGUCGCCAGCUAAGAGGAAGGCUCCGGCUCCCAAGCCAGCAGCUGCCAAGUCGGCUAAGAAGGCGAAGACAGCGUCGGUAACUUCCCCGUCGAAGAAGGCUGCGACUAAGCCGAAGAAGGCUGCCGCCGCUGCCAAGCCAGUGAAGAGAGCCAAUGCUACGCGGAAGGCCCGGAAGUGA